CACACAUAUAUAUAUUUGUGCUUAUAUAAGUAUUUCACAUCCACAAUAAACCAGAGAAACCACCUGUUGCGCCCAUUUUCUCUCUCAGAUUUCUCUAAACCACCACAUAAAGCACCUUCUUGUUCCAUGCCCAUGUCGUCGUCGUCAUCCCCGCCGUCGAAAACCAGAAACUCCGGCGCCGGAAACCGUCGGGCUCCGAGCCGGCUUCAGAGACGAGCUCCGCCGUUGAAGAUCACUCCGGCGACGGCGAGUGCCUGGAACGCGGCCAUCCCUCUCCUCUCGCCGCUCGCCGGCUCCCCGACGCCGUCCUCUCCGGCGGGCGCUGCGGCGGAGCAGAUGCCGGUGUUCAAGAAGUGGCAGCAUCCUGCGGCGCCGUUCUGUUACGAUACGGCGUCGUUUGGUCCGCCGUUUGUUCCCGUUUGAAAGAUUUAUAAGAUCUAACGGUUCAGAGUACAGUUUGGGUUAUUAAUGCUAACAUUUCGCGUGUAUCUAACGGCCAAGCGAGCGCGUAGAGUGCGCGUGUAACUUUUCGUACAUCCGUGACAACGUAUAUUUUCUUCUUCUUCUUCUUCUUUUUUACCUGUUUUCUGCUUUAACUUUAAGAAUAAUUAACAGUGCUGGGUUU